AGAUGCGGGCGGUAAUUUCAGCGUAGCAAAAACGUUUCCAGAUAUAGAAACAGGACGUACACAGCUGAUGAAGGAACUUUGAAACAUCCUGUCAUCCUGUUCUUCUUCUGAAACCUCGCGUACUCCAACCUUUUAUUACCCAUACAUAAAACUACAUGUCACGAUUUUAUGCCUAUCCGAUAUUUUCACUCAACUGUUCUGGUUUAUGUGUAGACGCGGAAUCUCAUGAGAGGGAGAGGCUACUGUGUUGUCCGCCAGUCCAACCGAGACCCAUGCCUCGUCCGUCUGUCGCUCCAGAAUCCCAGUGCACCAGUAAGAAGCCACCCAUCAAGCCCAGGCGCAGCGUAAAAAUCCGCCCUACCACGCAAGGAGACGCGGGACAGUCAAACAGCCAGGCCAAUCAAAAGGAAAAUGAGGUGGAAGUGAAACGGAUAGUUCCCUCUCAGGUCCUCUACCCUCAUGGGCCCCUGGAGGCUCAGACUCCAUCUCUGCGGGCUCACAUCCUGUUGUGGUUUCAGAAAACACAGCUACCUCGACUGCACACGCCAGGGAGUCCUCUACCAUCCUGGCUUCACGGCUUCGCCACACGCAGGGAGGCAGAGCAGCUGCUGCAGGAGAAAGAGCCAGGCUGUUUCCUGUUGAGGCUCAGCGAGUCAAAAGUCGGCUUUGUGCUGUCGUACAGAGGAGGAGACAGAUGUCGUCACUUCAUCAUAGAAGAAGAAAGCAAAGUGUCUGGAAUGAAUGGACAGUACGUCAUAGCUGGCGAGCAAAGCAGGCACGACAGUCUGGAGGAGCUGAUAGACUACUACACCCACAAUCCAGUGGGGCCCUUCAGCGAAAUGCUCACAAUGCCCUGCGUGCAGGCCAACGGCAGCUGCGAAGAUGAGGCAAAGCUGGGAGUGGAUGACAUCGGAACAAGGGACAGAAGGCCAGAGAAAACAGAAAUCUCUACACAGCCCAACGGAAAUAGUUCUGCCGCAGACUCUGUCUACAAUACAACUGGGUUGGCGCAGUACGCUGUGGUCUGCAAGGCGCUAAGGAAGACUCACUCUCUGCCCGAGUGCAAAAUCGGAAUUGGCUCGGCACUUCCUGUCAAAGAGAAUGCCACGCAAGAGCCUGUUGUUGGCAGUGCCACCCUGGCUGACCUAACCUGGCCGGUGGACGUCCCCUAUGCCCGGGUUAACAAACCUCCGCGACAGAUCCCACAAAACCUGUCCGUCAGCGCCACUGACCCGAGCUCCCAAGGGGCAGUGGCGGCCAUUGCUCCUCAGUCAUUGGCCAGUGCUGCAAGCAUGGCAGAGCAGAAGUACUGGGAACUCGAACCCCUACAUACUUACGAAGAGACCCUGCACACACGCCGCGGUCACGAGGAGAUUGAUUUCUACGCUGUGGGCAGGCGACGAGAGAUUGCGGGAGAAGUCUCUGUUCAUCACCUGUACUCGGAGGUCAACAUUAAGGGGACCAGAGAUGACAUUCUGCCCAUGCAAGCUCCUCCACCAAUCAGGAGGGCCUCAAUGUACAACUCAACUACUUCGUCCUCAAGGUCCAAACCUGUCCUUCCACAAAGACCACCUCUCAGACCUGUGCAUGCUUCCCCGCGACCUGAGAACAGCAUACAGAGUUUAGGUGGUGCAGCAGGGUUGACCGCACCCCCAUACUCCAGCCUUAUCCACUCGGAGCAGCGGCUGCCCACAAGCUCCAACUUCUCCAUAUACGAGCAGAUUCCGGAGAGGCCAUCCAACUCUAGACCUCCUCUACCACCUAACAACCCCAAACGCUAAGCCCAGAUCUUCCAUCCAUGACACCUUGACUGUGAACUGAUUAGAUCUGCUGUGAACUUGAUGUCUCAACUUUGUCUAAUCAAUCCACAGCACAUACAGUACAUCUUAGCUUUUUGUACUUGAUAUUGACCUUAAGCCUCCUAGUGCAGUUCUAGAUGAUCACCCUGAAUAGUCUUUCAUCUUAACCAAACGUGGACGACUAAACUUGGAAGAACCCAAAUGAACUGGCACAGGUAUGUGAUCAAAAUGUACACAAGUUGAGACCUAAUAAACCUACACAGAUGGUCUCCAAAGUGUUUUUUCCCCAAGCUAGCUGAGCUUAUGUAGUGCUCUCUUUGAAACAAUAUUAUAUAGAAGAGAUGGGGAACUUGAUCUAUGACUUAUCAAUCUGUCAAAAUAAUUGAGUGCAUUGUUUCAGCAGUAAGUAGAAGGAAUUAUUUGGACACCACUGGUAAAAUAAUAAGAUAUAAUUAAAAGGUCACACUUCAGAAAACAGAAAUAACAUGACCGAGUGGUUUUUUUUUGUGUGUGUGGGUAAAAAAAACUUGUUUAUUUUCACUGGUUACCCUCAGACCAGUCAUUAAGGGGGUGCAUAAGUCACCGUAUCCAAUUUUCCUUUUAACAUUUCCUUAUACAAAAAUGGUCUCCUUGGUCAUUGUUCAGCUAGUCAUGAAGAUUACAAGACCUUUAUUGUUAAUACUACCAUCCCAUAAUGCAUCAGUCCUGUUUCUUCAACAAAAAUAAACACACACCCCCAUCAAGGAAACAGCGUCCUACCA